UUUGUUGUUGUUUUCGUUCAGCAGUAGAACAGUCGACAUCUUUGACAUACAUCGCAUUCCCCAACAGUGUAUCUUUAAUUUUAGAAAUAGUUAAGGGCACAGGGAUUUCUUUUGGGAAACCAGAAGACUCAAGGGACCAGUGGAGUUUAUUUGUUUUCGUUUGUCUCAAGUGAAACUUGUUUUUGUCAUUUUUUUCUAAGAUGGGUAGUCAGUACCAGCGUUCAGUACCACUGGAGGUGAGGAGAGCAGAGGGAGAAAGAGUUCGGGCCAAGCAUCCUGACAAGAUACCGAUAAUUGUGGAGAGGGCCCCAAGGUCACGAGCUCCCGAUUUGGACAAGAAGAAAUAUCUAGUGCCCUCAGAUUUAACAGUGGGCCAGCUGUGCUUUCUGAUCCGUCAGCGUGUGUCUUUGAGACCAGAGGAAGCCCUCUUCUUCUUUGUCAACAAUUCCCUCCCCCCAUCCAGCUCCCCUCUCUCUGCUGUAUAUGAGGAACAUCACGAAGAGGACCUGUUUCUCUACAUGACAUACAGUAAUGAGAGUGUGUACGGUGCCUGAGGGAGAACAAAAGACCAGAGAAAGAGAGAGUGAGCGUAUGAGAAAAGAAAAAGUGAGACAGUCUGAGGAAUAAAGUGUUAAGGCUGUUUGUAAUGCUUCAUGCCACUAUUACUCUUUAUAUUAAAUCUGAUAAGUAACUACAGUGCAGUGCAGGUGGGAGAAAGGCUUUGCACAAGGCAGAGGGGUUUCUGGUAGGUUAUCCUUUGACAGUAUUUCAGGGUGAGUGUAAUAAAUGUAGUACCCUUAUAGUGCACAACUUUUGUUGAUUCCUUACUUGGUGAAAGAAGAAACAGAAAGCAUGAAAACAAGAUUUGUAUGAGAAAGUUAUUGAAAUUAUGUUGAUGGGGCUCUCAUUAUCUUUCUCAGUCAUCUGUAUUUAAUGCAAAUAGUAUUUUGUUUUUGUAAAUUAAUAUCAUAAACUUUUGUGGAAAAUAAAGAUGAAAAUGCUAAAAAUA